AUGCAUCAAUCGAUAGGCUGCAAUCUAUCAAUUUUAUUUAUUUUUCUAUUAUCCUUGUGUCCUGCAAUAGUGUUAUGUAAUGAUGUUUAUUCGCUUGAUGAUAAUGUCGUUUUUGAGAAUCCCAACGUGGCGAAUGGCGGGUUUUUCGAGAAAAUGGUGAGAUUUUUGGGGUUUUGAACGAUGCUCCGCUUUAAAAAAAUUGAAAAAAAUUGGAAUUCGGGAAAUUCAAAACAUUUGUCUGAAUUACCCUAGACAACCUAUUAAAAUUUAAAAACCUAAUUUUUUUCCCUAAAAGUUGCAACCUGAAUUUUUUACGUUUCAUGAUUUAUUUGAAUUUUUUCUUCGAAAUCAGAUAUUGGAUUCCACAUCUUAACGUCUUCACUAAAAUAUAAGAAAUGAAAAUCUUCACCGAGACGAAAUUCUGUUAAAAAAUAAUUUCAGAUCAAAUUUAUAGUUUUUGAUUUUUAGAGAAAAAUUCUGAAUUCGUCUAGAAAUAUCCUUAAAAAUCCUGGAUUUUUUUCGUUUCAUGAUUUAUUUGAAUUUGUUCUUCGAAAUCAAAUAUGUGAUUCCAUUCUCAUUGGAUGCAUGAUUUGAUCAACAAAAAAUUUCGAUUCCAAAAUUUUUGAACCAAAAAUUCCUUCUCCCUGUCCGUUUUUUUAAAUGAGGCAUGCGUAUUUUCGACAAAAAGAGGAGGAAAGACCAUGAAAAGUACACAUAUUGACCUGAUUUGUUUGUGUCUCAUUGAAAUUAAAUAAGUACAUAGGCCUGUUAAUUAGCGGUUCUUAUUAUGAGGCAGGAAAUAGAAAAUAGAAAAUGGGGGAUAUUUUGAAGUAAAAAUAUAGUUUUGGAGCUCAAAAAUAGCUUUAAAAAUCCAGAAAACUUUUGAAUUUUUGUUCUCCAAACCCUCCCUAUUUUCCAGGCAAUCGAUCCAUCAACAACACGGGUUUUCAUCGGCGGUGUCAAUAAUAUUUUCGAUCUCGUCAGCUCGGAUUUAUCGAUUCGAAAACAUGUUCGAACUGGACCGAUGGAUGAUAAUCCAUUAUGUUUAGAUGCCAGAAAUCGACUCGAUUGUAAUCAUCCUCUAAUGAAGACCAAUUCACAUACAAAAGCAAUGGCGGUUUAUGAUAAAUCUUCGAAACUUAUUGAAUGUAGCAAUUUGUAUAAGGUGAGCGGGGUUUGAGACCAAAAAUUAACAGGAAAUGCUUAUUCUUGGAUUUUUUACGUUUCAUAAAUUGUUGCUAAUUUUCACCUCGAAAUCAAUUUUGAUUUUUUUGAAGUAAUCGUAAAAAAUUUAACAUUUUUAUCUAUUUUUGGCCAAAUUUUGAAGCUGUCAGGAAAAAAAUAAUAAUUUUACUCAAAUUUUAUCAGAAAAUAUUUUAAUAAAAACAUAAAAGCAACAUUGUUUCUUAAACCAAAAAGUAGUCAAAAAAUAUUAGCAUCAAUGUGAAUCAAAGCAAAAUUCACAUUAAAAAUGCUCAUUUUUAUGGGCUCUUAUUUACAUUACGUUUUUUUUCUGCAUAAAAGCGCCAUAAACAAGGGAACCUAAUUGUAAACGUUGUAAAUAAAAAUUAGUCAUAGGUUUUCCCACGGUUGUAAAUUUUUUAUUUAAAGUUUAUCAUGGGGUAAUAAAACAUUUGAAAAUUGGGCUAAGAACCUUUAGGAAGCUUUAGAAACUCUUAGGAACUCUUAAAAUCUCUAGGGACGUUUAGAAAAUUCUAGAAGCUCUUAGGAACCUUCAAAAAAUCUUCUAGAGCUUUUAGAAACUCUGAGAACACAUUAGGAAUCCCCUACUUUCCCCCUCAAAACCAUCGAAAUUUUGCAGGGUCGAUGCCGUCUUCGAAACCUCCACAACAUCACCGAAAUCCUCUUCGAAGCCUCCGAACCACGUGUCUCCAAUGAUUCGCAAUCCUCAGUCGUUCUUUUCGUCGGAGCCGGUCCCACAAAUCUAACAAAUGAACCAGUUUUAUAUGUCGGAGCAACUGCUGGCAACUCAGAAAUGGAAAUGAUGUCGGUUUCAACGCUGUUUUUGAGACAGAAAACGUUUGAACUCGUUUUUCCUGGAUUGUACGGGGGAACUCAUGUUUCGCUGGAUUUUAGCAGUAGGAAUCGAUAUAAUUAUCAGUUAGUAUUUUUCUGAACACAAAUUCUGGAAAUUAAACAAAUUUUACACGUGAACGUGACCUUGCCACGUCAUUCCCGAUCUCCAUUUCCAUUUCCAAAAAAAAAAACUCAAAUUUCUUCCAGAAUCGAUUACGUUAAUGGCUUCGAAGCUGGAGACUAUGCAUAUUUCGUCACUCGCCAGCGAUCUGAAAUCAACGAAGAUUCACCAAUUCAUUCAAGAUUGGUUCGAGUUUGUACUGGAGACAAAUUCUAUUAUAGUUAUACUGAAGUGCCACUCGAAUGCUCCUCUGAUGGUAUCAACUAUAAUCUAGUUCAAGAUGUUUAUGUCGGAAAAGCUGGAUAUGAAUUGGCAAAAUCGAUGGAUAUUUCUGUUAGUGACACGGUGAUUUAUGGUGUGUUUUGGGAGGGAUCGGGUUAUCGAUCGGAAUCGCCGACUGGAAAAAGUGCCAUUUGUAUGUAUACGUUGAAGGAGGUUGAGGCGAUGUUUAAGCAGAAUAUUAUGAAGUGUUUUAAAGGAGAACAGGAUUUGAAGAAGGUUGGUUUUUCAAUUGUUUUUGAGGGGAGAUAAAAAGUAAAGCCACGCCCAGUUUUCUGCAAGCCUCGCACAGAUUUUCUGAUCAUUUUGUUAUGAAAUAUGACAUCCGCCCCUUUCUACAAGCCUGGCACACUUUUCCGAUCAAAAAAAAGCGUGCGAGACUUGCAGAAAAGGGGCGGAGUCUGAGCCAUCUCAUUAUUGCUAUUAAAAUGAUUAGAAAAACCAUGCGAGGCUUGCAGAAAAAGGGCGGAGCCUAUAUUUUGUUUUUCUCAUCAUUUUGAUAUAAAAAAUGACAGGGUUUAGACUCCGCCCCUUUUCUGCAAGUCUGGCACACUUUUUAUGAUUAGAAAAAAGCGUGCGAGACUCGCAGAAAAGUGGGCGGAGCCUGAGCCACCUCAUGAUUGGUAUCAGAAUGAUUAGAAAAACCGUGCGAGGCCUGCAUAAAAGGGGCGGAGCUUAAAUUCUGUUUCUCUCAUCAUGUUGAUAUCAAAAAUGACAUGGUUUAGACCCCUUUUCUGCAUGUCUGGCACACUUUCUAUCAGAAAAAUGUCGGAGCCUAAACCAUAUCAUGUUUGAUAUUAAAAUGAUCAGAAAAACUAUGCGAUGCUUGCGAAAAGGGGCGUGGCCAAAUUUUGCCGCUAAAGCUCAAGUUCAUCCCAAAAUUCCCAUAUUUUCUUUCAGAACCUCCCCUGGUUUUCCUCAAAAACCCAAUGCCGCGCAACAACUCUUCCAUGGGAAGCCGUAAAAUGUGGAAAAGAUGUCAACGCGAAAAUCGGUGGAAAUGAGCCGAUCUCCAGCACCGCCACUUUUACAAUGGGAAACGAGGAACUCUUCACAUCAAUCGCAAUCAAUACAACAAGAUCGAGUACGGUAGCAUUUAUAGGAACACAAGCUGGAAGUUUGCAUAAGAUUUUGAUUGAUCGAAGAGAUUCGGCCGAAUUGUAUGAUACACAAGAUCUAACACCGGGAGAAUCGAUAUUGGCUGACAUGGAAUUCAGUGGAGAUGGAAAAUUUAUUUUUGUGCUCACACCGAAUCGUGUUGUCAAAAUGGCGACUUCGAGAUGUGAAUCACUGUCUGCCACGUGUUCUGGAUGUCUCGAGAAACGGGAUCCAUAUUGCGGUUGGUGUGUCAGUAAUAAUCAUUGUAGUCAAGAGGAGACGUGUGAACGAGAGGUGCCGCAUACGUCGAGAGGAUGGUUGGAUUUUCAGAAUAGCAAGUGUCCGAUGUGAGUAUGGUCUAGAAAUUUUUUGCGGGUUUCUAGGCCACCCGGGAGGGAAAUUUGGAACAUUUUGAUAUUAAACUUGGCCUAGAAAAUCGGAUUUUUGGAUUUCUAGGUCAUCAUUCUCUUUGGGUUGUAAUUUAGAGCAUUUUGAGACCAAAUAUGACCUGGAAAAUCGGAAAACUUUGAGAAUAACGAUUUUUUUUGAUAAAAAAUUGUAAAAGUUUCGAAAUUUUCAGAAAAAAACUAUCUAGAAAGUUAGUGAAAAAUCUUCAAAUUCCAAAAAAAAAGUCCUAAUUGUUUUUUUCCAGCAUCAAAUCCGUCAAACCCGACAAAAUUCAAAUGAACACGGCGGAUUAUUUGAAUGUGACCAUCGAAAAUCUGCUAGCCCCCAAAGGAAAACGUAUGCAAUGCGUUUUCACAUUCGAUUCCGGCGACACAGUCUCUUCUGAUCCACAGAAUUUCGAUGGAAGUUUGAAGUGCGCAACACCCACCAUGGAUAAAUUACCAAAAAUUGCCAAGGAUCAAUUCCAUUUGCCAGCUUUGUUGACUGUUGUUGCGGAAGGUGGGAUUUUUGGCCUUUUUUGGGUGAAAAACUGGAAAUUUCAACGUUUUUCUGAUCAUUUUGAUAUCAAAGUGUUCAAAAAACUGUGCCGGGCUUGCAUUAAAUUUUUUGCAGGAAGUAAACUCCCACUUGCCUCAUCGAAUUUCUCAUUCUAUGAUUGUAAUCGAUAUUCGACAUGUUCACAAUGUGCAGCCUCGGAAUUCCCGUGUGAUUGGUGUAUUGAAUCAAAUGAAUGUGUGGCUGGAAAAUUGACCGAGGAUAAAUGUCGAAAACAACAUAUUGUUAAUGGGCUGAAUGUGAGUAGUUAUCGGGCUGAAAAUUGGAGUUUUUUGGGCUUUUCUAGGCUCAAAAAUGGUCCCUUUAUUUGUCACAAAAAAUGCAAAAAAAAACCUGUAUUUUUUAUGUUUCAAAAAUUUUAUAUUAAAAAAAUCGAGAAUCGCGGAAUCGUUAAAUCUCGGAAGUGUUUGUGGUUCAAAUUAUCACCAAAUUUUUCCAUAACCAAAAUUUUUGGCUAGAAAAUGAGUUUUUGCAGAGAGAUGGAAGUUCGAGCCGAAAAGGUCCCUCGAAAUGUGCUCACGUCGUUGCUCCCGUCUCAAAAAUGUCGGUGGCUUCGGGAGAAAAACGAAACAUCAGUGUGAAAGUGGAGAAUGUCGACAUGUCCUAUAUGCACGAUUUUCGAUGUGAAUUUCGGUUUGGAAAUGCCGUGCAGGAACGUGGAGCUUUUCGGUCUUCUGAUGAUACUAUUACGUGAGUUUUUUUUUGGGGAAAAAUUUGGGAAAAUUGAUUUUUGCCACGUCAUAACUUCUAAAAUAAGCUAAUAAUAUCAGCUCAAAUUUUAUUAUCUGAAAUUUUUAUGAAAAAGUUAUGAUGUGGCAAAAACCAUAUUUUCUGCAAGUCUCUCACGGUUAUGUUUUAUUGUGCGAAGCUAACAAAAUUAGACCACGCCCACUAUUCUGCAAGCCUCGCACGGUUUUACUGAUCAUUUUGAUAUCAAAAAUGACGUGGUUCAGGCUCCGGCCCCUUCUCUGCAAACCUGGCACGCUUUUCUCAUUCACAAAAACUGUGCCAGACUUGCAGAAAAGAGGCGGAGCCCUGUUGUUUUAUAUCAAAAUGAUCAGAAAAGUCGUGCAGUAAAGCGGACGUGGUCUAAUUCUCAAAAAAAAAUCGAUUUUUUUUGCAGAUGCGCUGAAAUGCAAUUCGAACCCUAUGACCCACUUUCCGAAGGUUCUCUCCUAUACGGCUUCAAUUUGAUCUGGUCAUCAAAACAAUUCCGCAAACCCCACAUCAUCGAUAACAUCAACGCGUUAGCCAUCGAAGUCUAUUCGUGCGAAAAGCUCGCCGCAAAUUGCGGAAAAUGCCUGACGCUCAACGCGGAAAAAUUCGAUUGUGGUUGGUGUUCGACUGAGAAGCGAUGUAGUCGCCCGACUUCUUGUCAAGCACCGUCUCCCUGGCUCAAUUCCACGCAACUUUGUGCGAAUCCCGUCAUCGAGAAUUUCCAGCCAAGAAAAGGGACCAUUCACGGAGGAACUAAGGUCAUAAUUGAUGGAGUAAACUUGGGAAGACAUGUGUCGGAUGUGAUGCGCGCUGUUCAAAUUGCCAAUGUGCCUUGUGAAAUUGUGCCCGAAGAAUAUAUUCCAUCGGAAAGAAUUGUGUGUAUCACUGGAAAACCGCCGGGAAAAGGGUCGAACAGUCGAGGAGUUGUUGCUGUCACGUUUUCCAAUGCGAAUAAAGCGGAAGCCGCCAAAUUUUUCACACAUUCUAGCGACAAUUUCGCGUAUGUCGAACCUAAUGUAUCAAAUAUCAAGCCUAGAAAAGGUCCAAAGAGUGGAGGAACUGAUGUAACUUUGUUUGGAAAAGAUUUGGAUACCGGAUCUGAAGUUGUUGUGCGAUUUGGGAAUGUUGGAUGUGCGAUUUUGAGUAGGAACUCUAACAGUUUGACGUGUCGAAUGGGAGAAGCUGAAAAUAGUGGGCCACUUCCACUUCGUAUUUUCUUUGAUGGACAUUUGCAGCAACACAUCUCGAUUUAUUUUGAAAUGGAAUCCGAACCCGCAAUCAAUUCGAUCUCACCUGAUAGAACUAUUCUAUCCGGUGGAAUUCUUGUCGAUGUUCUUGGUGAAGGAUUCUCGCUUCUACAGAGACCUAGAAUGGUUUUCAUUGGAUUGGGAGAUGAGAGAAGUUAUGGAGCAUUGUGCAAAAUUGUGGAUAAUAAAUUGAUGAGAUGUGCCACGCCGAUUAUUCCGAUGAAACAUCCGCGAGCUGAGAUUGACUAUGCUUUUGAUUUUGAUGGAACUGAGAUGCAUCGAUCGAAAAUGAGAGUAUUGCCAAGUCCAAGUGUUGAAUUAUUCCCGGAGACCAAAUUCAUGAGACCUGGAGAUGAAAGUUUGACUAUUACUGGAAAUAAUUUGAAUCUGGUUGCAUCGGAGAGAGAUAUUUCGAUAACUGUUGGCGGAGAACCGUGCCCACUUUCCGCGUUGGCCCAUAAAGUUCUCACGUGUCAACCACCGAUGGAAAAACCGAAAUCAAUUGGAAAUCUCGAGCCGGAAGUUGUUGUGACGAUUGGAAAUGCGACUUAUAAAGUUGGAGAAUUGUCCUAUGAUUCGCCAACAUUUUCGUCUUUCUUGUUUUUGGUGAUUCUUGCGUUUAUUGUGAUGAUGAUUAUGUUGAUUAUUUGUUUGAUUGUGUUGUAUCGGAGGAAAACGAAUACUCAUCAACGGCAGAUGAAAUAUUUGAAAACACAGAUGGACACGAUUGAGAUGAAAGUGGCCACAGAAUGUAAGGAAGCUUUUGCCGAACUUCAGACAUCACUCAAUCAAUAUACCGCGGAUCUUCCGCUUGGCACACCAACCGCACCGUUUUUGGAAUAUAAGGAAUAUUGCGCAAGAGUUUUGUUCCCUAAUAGUGGAAAAAGUCAUCCGGUUCUCAAAAACUUGGAAGUUGAUACGAAUAAGGCGGAAACUAUCGAAGCCGGUUUGCGAGAAUUCCAUAAGCUUUUGAUGAACAAAACAUUCUUCUUGACAAUGGUUCGAACUAUGGAAGCGAAUAAGUAUUUUGUGGGCAAAGAUCGGGUUUAUGUUGGAUCGCUGUUGAUGGUGGUUUUGCAAGAGAAAAUGGGGUAUUGUACGGAGAUGUUGAAGCAAUUGUUGAGGGAAUUGAUUGAGAAGACGGUUGAGAAGAAAUUCCAACCCAAGAUUUUGUUUAGAAGAAGUGAGAGUAUUGCGGAACGGAUGCUUGCCGCUUGGUUCACAUUCUUGCUUCAUGAUCAUUUGCGGAAUUUUGACGCCGGGAAGAAAUUGUAUGAAUUGUAUUGGGGGAUUAAACAACAGAUGGAGAAGGGACCGCAAGAUGCGCUAACUCUUGAAGCUAGGUAUUCUCUAUCUGAGGAGAAACUGCUUCGCGCCACUUUUGAAUAUAAGGAGAUUACGAUAUUCAUCUCAUCGUCUGAUUCUGUGUAUAGUCAAGGCGAUAUUGCAGUACGGGUGUUGGAUUGCGAUACGAUUACUCAGGUUAAGGAGAAGUGUUUGGAUGUGAAGUUUAGAGGAUAUCGAUAUUCGGAAAGACCGUCGGCGUCGGAUUUGGAGUUGGAGUGGAAGACCGGGUUGAAUGGAAGGAUGAUUUUGCAGGUGGGUGGAAAUUUUGAAUUUUUGAAUUUCCCGCCAUGAUUCGCUGGAGCGCAUUUGCUUUUUUACUAUGAAAAUGCUUAGCUAAGAUUUAGUUAAAAAUUUGGCUGCGUACCUAUCUUCUCGACUGAGUAUUAAAUUAAAAUUACAUCUCAAUCACUUUGAAAUACCCGAAAAUCCUUAGGAAUCUCAAAAUUCGAUUUUUGGCCUGAAAAAUUUGAACUUCCCGCCAUGAUUCAUUCGCUGGAGCGCAUUUGCUUUUUUACUCUGAAAAUGCUUAGCUAAGAUUUUCCUAUUCAACUUCUUUGCUGAGUAUCAAAUGUAAAUUUUGGCUGCGUACCUAACUUAUAGGCUGAGUAUCAAACUAGCAUGAAAUGUUUCUGAAGUUUCGGGUUUCAUUUUAAAAAAUUUGAAAAUGUAAAAUUCACAAUCCAAAAAAAUGCCAAAAAUCAGAAAUCUAAGUUUCUGGAGAAAAAUUCACCUAAAAGUUAGCCUAACUUUUUUCUUCCAGGACAUUGAUGCAACUUCCCGAUCCGAAGGUUCAACCUGGAAAAGACUUAACACUUUGGCUCAUUACAACGUCCCGAACAAUGCAAUUCUAUCAUUGAUCGCAAAAAGCAAUUCCCUUUACAAUCUGGUGAAUUUUUCAUCGACGUGCGCCAAAUCCAUGGUCCACAAAAUCAAUUUUUUAUCUUUUGAAAAUAAUUUAUUUUUGCAGAGCAUUUUGUCGGAUCGAAGUGAGAAAUCAUCAUUAAGUUUGAAGAAUGUUGGAUCACCGAAGACCUGGGGAGCCGUAGAUCAUUCUACUAUAAAUUCGGCAUCGGUUGACACUGAUAAUGGAUAUAAAUUGUAUCAUUUGGUGAAACCAACCGAGCACGGACCAUCGGAUAGUCAGGAGAAAAUGGUGACGGAAAUAUAUUUGACACGGUUGCUGAUGAUGAAGGGAACUUUGCAAAAAUUCAUCAAUGAUAUGUUGGAAUCGAUAUUCUCCACAAGAACCUCUCCUUUACCCGCGUGUAUCAAGUAUAUGUUUGAUUUUAUGGAUGAUCAGGCAUUUGAAAAUGGGAUUAGUGAUCCGGAAGUUGUGCAUGCUUGGAAGAGUAAUGCGUUGCCGUUGAGGUUUUGGGUUAAUUUGAUUAAGAAUCCGUGAGUUUGGGGGUUUUAGGGAGGGGGCUCUAAAAAUACUGAAUUUUUUUCUCUGCAAAAAAAAUCCUGAAUUUUUUUUUCACCUGAAAAUUUAAUCCAAAAUUUGAAAUUUCUGGGCUGUUUUCCCAGCUUCUCAUUAGAAUCGGAAAUUUUUUUUUUAAUUUUUCGUUAAGUUGUGAUAACUUUCAAGAGCCAAAUUUUGAGAAUUUUGGAAUUUUUUAAAGCUCAGAUUUCGGCUCAGAUAUUCAUUUUGAAGUUAAAAAUAUCAGAUUCUUUUUUUUUUGCAAAAUGUUUCUCAAAAACCAUUUUUUUUUUCAAUAUUUUAACGAUUUUCUGAAAAAUCCUGAAUUUUCAGCCGAAAAUAAUUUGAGAAUUUCUCCCAAAUUCAAAAUUCUAAUAAAAAUUAAAACCUUUCAAAAUUUCACUGAAUUUUUUAUCUUAAUUUUGUCCUAAACAUCCCUAACCAAAUUUUUUUCCAGCCAUUUCCUAUUCGACAUUCCAAAACCGACAAAAGUCGAAGGUUGUUUAUCAGUUGUCGCUCAAACACUCAUGGAUGCUUGCUCAACACAAGAUCAUCAAUUGACCAAGGAUUCGCCGUCGAGUAAAUUAUUGUUUGCAAAAGAUAUUUAUCAAUAUCGAGAAUCUGUUGAUAGGUUGGUUAAUUUUUUGGAGGAGGGGGAAUGAGAAUUUGAAUUAGAAAGUUUGGAAGGUUUUGAAAUCUGGAGCAUUCUGGAUUGAAACAAAAAAAAAAUGAUAAUUUUGUUCCUAGUAGAACUUAUCGAUUUUUUUAUUUUCACCAAAUAUUAAUAUUUCUGUUUGCAAUUUAUCGAAUUCUCACCAAAAUUUUCAAAUUUCUGAUAUUUUUGAAACGUAAAUUUUUGGGUUUUUGUGAAAUUUCUGAAAAUUGCUUUUUUUUUGUUUUGCUUUUAGAAUUUAAUAAUCAAUAAAGAAUACCUCAAAUUUCAAAAAAAAACCUGAACUUUUGAAUUUUUGAAGCUAUGUUUAUAAUAUUCAAAAUUUCAAAAAAAAAUAAAAGUAUUGUGAGCAAAGAAAAUGAAAAUCUGAAAUUUUCAAAAUUUUCCAGCUACUACACCGAAAUCGCUCAAAUGCAACCAAUCGAUGAUCAAGAAAUGGCUCAAAUUCUAUCCAACGAAAGUCGUCAACAUUCUGGAGAAUUCCACGUAUUCUCCGCGUUAAAUGAACUCUACAAAUAUCUCGAUCAAUAUAAAGAAAGUAUUAUGGAUGCUCUAGAAUCUAAUGAACAUGCACAAGCAAGUCGAUUAACUGGAAGACUUCAAGAUUUGCUGGCAUUGAUGGAAUCGGAUUAUUAUCGAGGUGGAGCUGCCACGGAUUAUGAAAGUUCGACACUUGGUUUGGGUUACAAUUCGAAUAGUCGACUUAUGCCACGUGAUCAUAUUUGA